AUGGAGACCGAUAGUGCCAAUCAUUUGGAUCCAGUUGAACCUACAUACGACACUACUCUCUUGCCGUAUUUGCACUCUAGAAAGAGUUCCAGAAAGAGUUUCGGUGGUGAUGAUAUAACCAAUCCCAAUGCAGAUCUAUCUACAACUCCAUCUAGGAUUCCAUUACCAUCAUCUUUUAUGUCAGAGGAAGGCUCCAAAGGCGAGUCAAGAUUCUCUUUUGAAUUAAAUGGAAUGGAUUCUUCCACUCCAGAAAAGUCGGCUUGGACCGGUAUUCUGGAGUCCCCGAAACCCAGUGAAUCCUUUAGUUUUUUCACGGAGCAUCCUUCUAUUGCACAUUUCAACAAUUCCUCAGGAAACCAUAUAGAGUCGUUGUCCAACAGUACAUCCCCUUCCAAUGCUGAUAGUGACUUAUCGAAGAGAUUAAGUCGCAUAAAGAAGAGUGCCACGCAUUCUCGUCAAUCUUCUAUCUCCUGGAACGUGGAUCUUCCAGAGGAAUGGACUCUAAAUAAUAUCACAUUUUGGUUAAACCUGUACAAUUUCAACGAGUCGUGGCUCUCAAUGAUCAAAGCACAUAAUUUGGUCGGCGCUUCUUUCCUUAGUUUGGCAAAUUAUCCGGUCCUGAAAACAUAUACCCAUGAAGUUGACACAGUCAACGACUCAACACCUUCAAGAUUUAUUCAUCUUUUAAGGAAAACAAUGGGGAGAAAGACUAGUGAAACAUUGUCUCUUGCAUCUGCCAACGUGAAUGAUUAUUAUGCAAGCAACGUUUCGGCAGAGUCGUUUGACUCAAUUAUUCAAUCUCCUGUGGAAGAAUUCCAUGAAACAAGCAACCUUGAGACAAAGAGUUCCUCCGAAUCACCCAAAAGUUCAGUUAAGCAUUUUGCAGACCCAGCAAAAUUAACGACAAACAUACCCAAACCUUCGCCUUUGAGGUCUUCGUCGCCGUCAUCUUCCUCAACCACCCUCAAACAUAGUGUUUCCCAAAGAACUACAAAUACCCGUCAAGCAACUGAAAAUGUUAAGAGACCAGUUUCUACGAUAGAGUAUUCCACGUCCAGAUCGGAUUCUCCAACAUCCACUUUUUCCUACAACGUGUUUCGGAAGCAUCAGAAAAGCAACUCCUCAGAAUCUAACUUUUUCUCCAAGAUAUAUUCAAACGCUCCCACAAAUGAGGUAGAAGUCGAAAGGAGAAGCAGUGUGAAAUCCAAGAAAGGUCUUUUGACAAAGUUCAAAAAGAUAGGGGAGGAAAUAUCAAAAAGUAAUAAGAGCAGGGAUAAGCUGUCUGAAUCUCCAAUCAGCCCUGCAUCAGCAACUUCGUUGGUAGGAGGUAAAGACAGAUGGAAAAGACACCAAAGUUCUGUAACUACUGAACUAUCAAACAAAGAUUGGAAACAAGCUUCCAGAAAAUCUGUAGACAAAACUAAAAAUAAUGUGGAAACUAACAAAGAAAGAUUAAGCAUCUCCAAGAAAGAUAAGGUCCUCUCGGAUAUAUACGAGAAGCACAAGCCAACACCUUUGAAAGAUACACACACUAAGACUUCUUCUAGCUUCGUGUUGGCUACUAGCAAUGAUAACAACUUCAUACCCAUUGAUGUGAGUGAAGUUCAGGAUUUGAGGCAGUUCAAAGUUGUGGUUAUCAAAGCUCUAAAUAUAAUGAACAUUGAGCCCAUUUCGUUCCAUCUUACGGAUUUUGGUCAUAUUCAUGGUGCAGAGUUAGACGAUGAAAGUUUGGAAAAAUUUCGUCUGGAUGGCUUUCGAAAUGGGUCUUUAAAACUUCACGUUAAAGGAACUAAGUUUGAAACAUCAUCUAGUACUGCUUCCUCAAUGACACUCUCAUUCAAAAGUAUUGAGGAAGGAAAACUGGAGAAAGGAUCUUCCAGAUAUCCUACUACUCCGCAAUAUCUACUUGAUACAAUGAAUGCUCACUCAAAAGAUAUGUCUGUGGAUUACUUGAACAUUAAAGAUAAAGUCAGAGAAAGUCAAGAAUUAAAAAAUGAACUUGUCCCACAGUCUGCGUCAACAACUACGGUGCCAAUGUCUAAAGAAAGAUCGUUUUCUUUCAGAUCUACUAAAGAAGAGCAUCAAAACAACACGUUCAGAGUUAUAAGGAACAAGAGUUGGGAGGUCGACUUCGAUAAGAAGCGGAAGUCUCCUUACGAGAGAACUAGACAACUGGUUGCUAAACGAGAUCCUCCUCCCCCACCCUCCCCAUAUUCACCCCCAAAGAAUUCCUUGGCAAAUAGAGAAAAGAGGGAGCUACCUGUUUUAAACCCAGCAAAUCAGUCCUCAGCUACAAGUCGUACCUUUGGCUUAGAUCACAAUCUUGAAUUUCCUAGUAAGACAAAUGACGAGCCAACCCGAAUAUCUCCGUUUACGCCGGGCUCUUCCAACACUCUGAUUCCCAAACCUUAUAAGGGUUCAUCCCCUCACGAAAGAAGGCCCGUAUUGUCUAACGAGAGAAGGGGGUCCCGGAGAAGAUCGUCCAGUUUGUUGACUACUUCAAGUAUAGUGAGCGGGAAUAGUUACCAGAAUUUCAACACAAAAUCGGAAUCCUUUCAUGAUCCUUCAUCUGGCGAUUCGCAUGGUACGUUUGAAGAAAGUAAUACUUUCGAUGAACUACCUACAUUUGACAUCAGUAAUCCCAUUGAGUCAUGUUCUGAAGAGGAAGAAGAGGAUUUUUGGGCAAAACCUCCCAGUUCGACUACAAAUACACAACCUGCCGCUGUUGCCAUUGAUGCUAAGGAAGACCAGGAAGAAAAAAUUACGAGGAUGCCUAGUAUGGCCGUCAGACCCCCGGCAGAAGUUGUUUAUGAUAAUCUUGAAUUAUUUUUCCCAAAUACGGAUUUGGAUAAACCACUAAUGGAUGAUGCUUCCCCUCCGCCCUCGCCAAAUUCUCCCAUUCCUGAAGUGUCGCCAGUUAAUAAUACAAGACCUCAAAUACACAGAAAAAUCUCCAGCGUCCGAAGUGCAAGCGAUCAUCUUGCUAGGCCAAAUGAACUAGGAAGGGGCAGAGUGAAAACAAUUAGGAUUGUCGCCCAAGAAGCCAAAAAGUCAAGAGCCAGACUCGCAGAGAAUUUCGAAAGCAAUAAGAAAGCUGAUGGUCUUCUUAGACGAAGAAGUACUAAGUUCUGGGGUAGAAAGGUUGUAGAAAUGAAGCCUGGAGAUGCCCGAAAUCUAUCCAAAUUGAAGGAUGGUAAUGGAGAUUAUAAACAAUUUUCCUGGGUAAGAGGUGAAAUGAUUGGUAAGGGGACAUAUGGAAAAGUCUUCUUGGCUCUUAACGUGACAACUGGUGAGAUGAUGGCUGUGAAACAAGUUGAUCUACCUUCGAGCGGGCAUAACAGCUCCGUCUUCAAGGAAGUUGUCGACGCCAUUCUUUCUGAAGUCGAUACCCUAAGUGACUUGGAUCAUGACAACAUUGUUCAGUAUCUAGGAUUUGAACAAAGAGCUCAAACCUAUACAUUAUUCUUAGAAUAUGUUGCAGGGGGGUCAGUUGGUUGGUGUCUUCGAGUAUUUGGCAGGUUUCCAGAGGAAGUAAUCAGAUUCUUGACUAAGCAGGUAUUAGAAGGUCUUGCUUAUAUUCACAGUCGUGGUAUAUUGCAUAGAGAUUUGAAGGGCGAUAAUUUGUUGCUAGAAACGGAUGGGACCUGUAAAAUAACAGACUUUGGUAUAUCCAAGAGAAGUCGCAAUAUCUACUCGAAUGAUGCUGAAAUGUCAAUGCAAGGGUCUAUAUUUUGGAUGGCUCCUGAAGUAAUUGAUAAUGUGGUCAACGACAAAAAGCAGGGUUAUAGUGCCAAAGUUGAUGUUUGGUCGCUAGGGUGUGUCGUGUUAGAGAUGUUUGCUGGCAAACGUCCUUGGUCUAACUUCGAAGUUAUAAGCGCAAUGUACAACUUAGGAAGGUCAAAAUCUGCUCCGCCAAUUUCGGAUGAAGUUAAGGCAUAUAUUUCUUCAGAUGGAAUUGAUUUCAUCAAUAAAUGUUUUACAGUCGAUCCUGAUGAGAGGCCAACUGCCCAGUCAUUGAUCUGUCACCCAUUCUGUAAAACUAGUUCCGAUUUUAAAUUUGAAUCAACGGAAUUAGCAAAGUUGGUCAAAGUCAACGACAAGCAGGCUAAUCUGGUGUUUGAAUAA